GAAGCGGCGAGGGGUGCACAGCAGCCUUUAACUGUUAACCAAUCACAGAGGCUUCAGGCAAAUCAUGACUAAUUAAGCAAGUGAUGGUCCCUCAUCAUCCAGAGCGAGAGGGAGAGAGGUGUACAGAGACGGACAAAAGUGAGGACGAUAAAAAGAAAGAGAGAGAGGGACAAAUAGAGAGAGACAAAUAGAGAGAGAGAGGGAGAGAGGUGUACAGAGACGGACAAAAGUGAGGACGAUAAAAAGAAAGAGAGAGAGGGACAAAUAGGGAGAGACAAAUAGAGAGAGAGAGGGAAAGAGAGAGAGAGCGAGACAGAGAUACGUUUAGAGAGUGAGAGGAGAGAGUUUGAGUUCUAGCACACUCUCUGUGGCGGAGUCUUUGAAAAGGGGAGAUGAUAUGGGCUUAGUCACGUUGUGUCAUAUCAUAGAUGUGAAGGCAGGGGACAAGUUUCUGACACCUCAGUCGUGGACGUUCACUUCAGACAGAUGGCUCAUCAAUUGUAAAACUCUAUACAGUUGCAGCGCAGGAGGAGAUGGAGUAGUGUGAGUGUGUGGCGGAGCGAGGGGGAAAACAGCUGUUGAAGGACAGUUUUGUGGAGCUGAGGAGAAGGAAAGCAUGCGGAGCAGACAACAUCAGGGCUGACUGAGAUAGUUUGGACUGGGAACCUCGGAGUGAUGGUGAUAACAGGAUUGAUAGACUUUAUGGGGUCAAAGGCUUGAUGUAGAUGUGUGAUCUGUGAUGUUACUCAGGGAGAUGAGCACGACUGAAGAGUCAUCUCUAUAAAAACAUGGCUGUCACGGGUCUCAGCGAGGGGAAGCAGUUGGCUGACACACACACGCUAAACACACUGUGUCUAGAAUCAGUGGUCAGGACACACAUCCCGCUCUGCGCCUCUCCCGGCCUCACUUCAUCAAGAUGUUAACUUCAGAGCGACAGUGCAGCCCGGGGCCUCCAUAAUCGACAUGGUCAACGUGACGAUGUCACCCAGCAGCAAUGCCACCCCAGAGGGUCUGACUGAGGGAGGGCUGUUGGUCCUGGGCCAGAGGGAAGAGUAUGAUUACAAUUACUUUGCCCUGGUGCUGGGCGUGCCCCUCAUCCUGAUCAUCAUCCUGGGCAACGUACUUGUGUGUCUGAGCGUGCUCACUGAGCGCUCCCUGAAGACUGCCACCAACUACUUCAUCAUCAGCCUGUCUGUGGCCGACCUACUGCUGGCUGUACUGGUGCUGCCCCUCUACGUCUACUCUGAGUUCCUGGGUGGUAUCUGGACCCUGAGCACAUACAUCUGUGAUGCUCUGAUGACCAUGGACGUCAUGCUGUGCACGGCCUCCAUCCUCAACCUAUGUGCCAUCAGUGUGGACAGGUACAUAGCGGUGGUGGUGCCCCUGAAGUACAACAGGAACCAGUUCAGCCUGCGGCAGCUGGUCCUCAUUACGGCCACCUGGGUUCUCUCCCUGGGCGUCGCCAGUCCUGUCAUCUUCGGCCUCAACCAGGUGCCAGGCCGCGACCCCACCGUGUGCAAGCUGGAGAACGACAGCUUCGUGGUCUACUCCUCAGUGUGCUCCUUCUUUGUGCCUUGCCCAGUCAUGCUCUUCCUGUACUACUGGAUGUUCCGGGGGUUGAGACGCUGGAGCUCAGGCAGGAGGCGCUCCCAGCUGACGAGGGGAGGAAAACGGGGACUGUCCCUGCGCCUCAGCUCCGCCCUGCAGAGGGAAAACGCAGGGGUCAGGGCGGGGGCCAAGGAGAAGGUGGUGUACCUCAUGCCCUCAGGGCUCAGCCCAAUGUCACCGUCGACCGUAUCGAUGGCGUCGCCCACAGCGACCCCGGGGGUGGAGGACAAGCAGCAGGAUGUUGUGGGGGCUGGCAUGGCAGAGAGCGACCCCAUGACUACACAGAUAGAAAGCAUUUCGGACGCAGAACCCACGGAGAAGCCGCCUCGGCAGGGGAAGAGCCGGAAGGAGAAUGGGCUGGCCCACGCUAAGGCCACCAAGAGGGGGCGCCGCAACAGCAAGAGUAGCAGAGUGAGUGGGAGGGAGCGCAAAGCCAUGAAGGUCCUUCCUGUUGUAGUUGGUGUGUUCCUAGCCUGUUGGACACCUUUCUUUGUGGUACAUGUGACCAACGUGCUGUGCGUGUCCUGCAAAAUUAGCCCCACUCUGAUAUCCGUGGUAACGUGGCUGGGCUACGUCAACAGUGCUGUCAACCCCAUCAUCUACACUGCCUUCAACGCAGAGUUCCGAAAUGUCUUUCACAAACUUUUCUGCUGUCGAGCAUGAGACUUGAGUUCUGAGAUCUGGAACCUCUUUGACAAACUAUUCAUUGAGAUAGGAGAACAAUUAUCUUUAAGGUUCAAUCUGAGACCUGAUUUCUAGAAUGUUGCUCUCGACCAUGAGACCUGAAUUAAAUGAUCUUUCACAAAACUCCUCGGUUGCUGGAUGUGAGAGUGACCCAAAGGGGUUUUCCUGGAUCUAAGUGCUGGCAGAAGGUGAGGUUGUCAAAAUGGAUGAACAAUACAGGGGACAACCUGACAGAAUUUGACUGAUGCCUUAGUUUACAUAUUGUGAACUGAAAGACAGUGGCUCACUGUAUCUGAUGUUUCUACAUUGAAGUUGAUACUGUGUGACGGUUUUUCGUCCUGUAAAAUAUUGCUUGGAUAAAGAAGAUGGUGAAUACUGUUAAUAUCAUAGCCCAAAGGCAUAAAAUAUGUCAACAAUGUGCACAUUUAAGAACAUGUAACUAUUUGAUAUGUGAGUUUUGAUUUCUCUCAGAAUUAAAUGUUGAUGCUAUGUAUGGUUCUCUGUUUUGAUUUAAUAAUGUGCAGGUUUUCUGUGAAAGUUCAUGGUAAUUUCUUUAGAAUUGACUUUGUCUCCUUUUAUCCUGAGGACUUGAGAGACUUUAGGGACAUAGUGUGGCUCAAGAGGAACUUACAUCAUACAACAAACAUGACAUUUUCUAUCUUGUGGAUUACGGACAUUGCCUGUAGAUAAUAUCAUGAACAUUUACGCCCAAGAAGUGACAAAUUACAGACUUCAGGGCCAACAUUGUGGAAAGAACUAUUUAAGAUGAUAUCAUGACCUAUUUUGAUCAAGUGCUACAAAAGUGCAAUGAAUUAACUGAGGUGAAUGUGACAAAUGUAAACAAUUCUCUUUGUCGUUGAUCGAAAAGUAAUAAAACAUGUUCCAUAUAAUAUGUA